AUGAGCAUGCCUUAUUUUAAGCCUCGUUCAUAAAACAGCUAGAAUUCUUUUAUUAAACAAUAUUAAGACUUCUUAUAAAAGAAUAGAAAGCAUAAUACAACGAUUUUAGAACCUUAAAAGCAAUAAACAAAAUAAUCAUAUUCUCCUCUCUUUAAAUAACCUUAAUUAAGUUAUUCUAAACUUAAGAAUCUAAAAUUAUAAAUUAGUCCUAGUCCUAAAAGACUUCAUUGUUAUUCUAUGAGUACUCAUCAAUAAACAGAAAAUUCUACCUAAAUAGAUAGAUCAUUAAGUUAAUAUGAAUUUGAAAUUAAAGAUAAAUCAAUUAAUAGUUGUAAUCUAUUCUAAGAAACAACAAAAUAAUUAGAAGGUGUUUAAUAAUAAACUCCAGAAUUAUAAUUAGAAAUAUAAGGAAUAUUGGGUUUAAUUAAAAAAGAAAAAUAAGUCAUUUUGAACGAUAUGAAAUUAAUGACUAAAUAAAUGAAUAAAUAUAAACUUGAAUAUGAAGACAUUUAUAUAUAAUAAGAAUUAUUAUAACAUAAAUUCAAAGUAGCUAAAGAUGGUAAUGAAAUUCAUACUCGUUCUAAAGAUAAAAUUAAUGACACUUAUAUAUAGAUGAUUUAAUUAUUAAAAGGCCUUUAAAUAUAGCAUAAUGAUGUCUUACCAGAAUUAGAAUAUAGUUUAUCGAAUACAAUUGAAGACACAGAUGAAGAAGUUAGAAUACCUGAUAAAGAUGAAAUUAUCAUUUUAUAAAAACUUAUUAUUAAGAAGUUAGCCAAGAAAAUUGAAGAUUAAAAAUAAUUAAAUUAAAUACUCUAAACUAAAAUUAAAGAAUAUGAAAUUUGA